AUGGCGGACAAAAAGUUGUUCUCACCCUGUGAGAGCACUCUCCACAGCCAAGGUUGGACUGACGCCAAUUUGCGCGCCAUCAGUGAAAAGCGCGAAGCUGCGAAAUUCGUUUCGUCUCUCGACUCUGCAAAUCUUAUCAUUGCGAACAUGUCCGGGUUUGUUCGGACAAGAGAAGCUGCCGAAGUUUUCUCAAAAUUGCUUAGCUGUGCAAAAUGUGGACAAGAAUCAGACAAUCUGCAAACAAUGGGAACCGCAUGCAAGCAUGCAUUUUGUUGGGAUUGUAUUAAUCUGUAUUCAUCAGCAAAUACUUUCAUUCUCUGUCCAAGAUGUUCUUGUCCCUUAGAAGUGAGUAGACCAAAAGCUGCCACCGUCUUCAAUAAUCUAGCACAACAUAUCAACGAGUUCAAGCUGCUGCUCGAUGAGUAUGAAAAAUGUCUCCGAAAUGAAGGAGCUGCGGCAGCGACGACAAUCGCGCAAACUCAAAUGCUUCUGCAAGCUCACGAUGUAAAUGCUGCAAUUACAGUAAGCAAGGAGGCUAGAAAAGAAGCUGUCGAUGAGUUUAUCAGUACUCAGCGCAUUGUCGACGUGGAUGAAAAAGAGUCUAAAGCAAGCUCACCAGCUAGUGAUUUCUCCGAGGAACUUAACGUUACUCCACCACCUACAAAUACAACUCUUUUGAAUGGUGGCAUUUCUGAAGAGAAGAUUGGUGUUCCUAGAGCAUGUUCUCCUGCCAAAAUCACUGACGGAGAUUUCUCAGAUGAUGAUGUCACAGUGACUCCAGUCGAAGAUGGCAUUAUCAGCGACAGCGUACCUCACUUCGGUCGGCCGAUGAUGACAUCUACACAGCGACCAGGGCUUUUUCUCUCUCAGGCUGUGCAUGCUCGAAAUGAGUUGUUCCAGCAUGAGUCUCCGCCAAAAGCUGAUGAGAAGCCAAAGGUCUAUCAUGAAGAGAUAACCUACAACUUCUUCUCAACCAAGCCGGCUAAAACUUUCGACAAGAGAGGGGACAAAAAAACCGAUGCACCUUGGCUUGAUCUUCCACCGAAGAAGAGAAAGAGUAAAGUAAAAGUUGAAACACCAGAACAAGCAGCAUAUGUGCUUCCGUCGACUCCAUCGGACGACAAGAACUAUAAAACACCGAGAAGAGGGCCCAGAGUGGAAGCUUCUCCCUCGCGUCCCCGCAGUCGGUCCUCGUUUUCUGGUGGAAUACUUCAUCCACAUGCCGAUGAUCCUGUAAUGGAAGCCGUCCUCAACGGUGACUUGGAUGAGGUUAACAGGGCAAUCGAAAAUGGUCACGAUGUCAAUCAGCGCGAUCUCGAAAAGCGAACCCCGCUGUUCAUCGCUGUCGGCAUGAAAAGGCUAGACAUCUGCCGAGCACUGGUCGAGCGCGGAGGAGCAAUCAUCAAUGCUAACUGCGGCUCCGAAUGCAACACUGCUCUACAUAUCGCUGUCUCUCAAGAAAGCGAGGAGAUUGUGAAGUAUCUGCUAUCCAAGGGUGCAAGCAAAACGAUCCGAAACAUUAGACAGCAGACCCCAUCGCAGCUGGCACAAUCUCGCUCGCCAUUGAGAUCGCUCGUGGAGAAGUACCGAAGUCAUCCGAGGCAGCUUGUGGUUCCACGUCUUCCUGACGUUCACAUCGUGUGCUUCUCGAAAAAGGUGAAAGCAAGUCUCACCUUUGCUGAGCAAGCAGCUUUAGAGAGGAUUAUGACGGUAGUGCCAAUCUGUGAUGAAGAAACGACUCACUAUGUCGUCGCACUUGACACUGAAGGAGUGGCUGCAGUUGAUGAUGAUUUAUUGAAGGCAAUGUUACAAAACACCCGUAUCAUGAGUGUAGCUUGGCUCCAUGAAUGUAUGCAAGAAAACAAGGCUGUGCCGCAUUUGCAUUACGAGGUUUCAAAACUAAGAUACAUGGAGAAUGACGUGGUCGUAAAUUCACUGGAGCGUUGCAGAAAGAGCAAAGAGAAGAUGGAACCUGCGCUGUUUCAUGGCUGCGUUUUCUACCUGCUGCUGAAUAAGUAUACUGGAAUCCACAGUCGCCGACUACUUCCUGAUCUGGUAAGGCUUGGUGGAGGAGAAAUAGCUGUCUCAGAGCCCCACUACAAAAACAAUGCUCCUGCUCCGUUCCAUGCGCCAAAUCUGUCGUCUCCCAUUUUUGUCGUAUAUGAUGUAACAAUGACGAGCAAUAUCCCGGAGAAGUUCCAUCAUCCAGACAAGUACAAUCUUGUCACUGCGCAGUGGAUAAUCGAAUCUGUCAUAGAAUAUGACAUCAAACCGAUAGCAUGAAUGCCUUGGACAUCUGAUGCUGCUUCUAUUUCCUUAUCAGAAUGAUCUCUCCUGCCACAAGUGCACUUUGUGUUUUUGCUAGAAAGAGGAUGAAUAGGACGUGUAGUGCAUUGACAAGGAUGUAAAUGUCUAUGUGUUUUCAAGAAUUGUACAUAUAUCAUGACAAAGCGAUGGAAGCUGUUUGUUCCUUUAGGAAAGUGAGUGGAAA